GGCCGGCGUUUGUCAUCAUCAGUAGCAUUCACAGCGGUGCGCGAUUCGCACGCUGCGCACGACCACGCGUAUAAGUACGGUAGUGAAAGUCGCGCGCGCAGGUUCCGCUACGAUUUCGUACGCCGACAUCUUCGUCUAGUUAUUCUGUUUGUUCGUUGCGCCAGUGCAACGGCGAAAGGAGGUCGGUGCUUGUCCAAAGCCCGUAACACUGCCGUGAUUUGUGAUGCUGAAGUUUUAAAUCGAUCCCAUUGUAAGUGAUUCAUAAGCGACAACAAAUGAUUUCUUUUGUUGCAAUGUGUUCGAAAAUGAAGGAGCCGUAAUUGUCAUGUUGGCUCCAUAAAACUAGUCGAAGUGACAUUUAACGAGCUAAAGUGUUGAAUAAAAUGAGUGUGGAACCGACAUUGACCGAGUCCCCGGUGCCGCUGGCUCUGUCGAGGCUGCAGACGCGGCCCGGCCGAGUGCCACGAGGUUUGCGCACGCACCGGCCCAGUCUGCAGCUAGCCAGCUUACAAGAGUCCGCUGAUGAGACUCCUAGGCGUUACAGUGGAGAACCAUUUGCUGCCGAUACGGACGAUGAUGAGGCGUUCACUGACGACGUAGUUCCAGAAGUACCGUCUUUGUCAACCUCCAACGGACGCCGAGCUUCCGAAGCUACCUUUGCCGAACGUUACAGACAGUUGACGGAUUUUGAUGGUCCCCCGCCUGAAGCACCACGGCGUGCCUCCUUAGCGGUGCCUGUGGGUGCCGAAGGUUUUGGUCCCAAUGAUAAGGGUCGAAGACGCUCUUGGGCAGCGAGAUUACAGUUAGAACGCAAAAAACGGAGGAAGUCAGGAGGAAACGAUACAGACGAAGAGAGUGAUACCCCAAUAUAUGUCCGUCAGAAAAGACCCUCGUGGUGGAAUGUGUUCGUGCCUGAUAAUAUGCUGAAGAACAGGUCUAGGCGAGCUUCGCAGCAGCUGUCCAGGAGCGCAGAAAGCAUCGACCAGUCUUUCAAGAGGUCGAAAAGUCGCUCGGUUGACCAUGGCUUCUCGCCGCCAUUUGACUUGGAGGCUCUGCGCUCGAAGGUCGAAGGCAGAUUUGAUGCUGUACACAGAGAUGAAGACGAGCAAGCUAAGAGAUUACCGCCCCCUCCACCGAUAAAAACAAUGACUUAUACGGUUCGAGACCGUGAUACCCUGACGUCGCUAGCGGCGAGGUUCGACACGACCCCCUCGGAGCUGACCAAGCUGAACAGGCUCGCCACCCAGUUCAUCUUCCCGGGACAGACGCUGCUGGUGCCCGACAAACGGAAAGAUGGCGAUAAAGACUCGGAUGGCCCGUCAGAGAGCGGCGAUAACACAUCUGAGUCAACACAGGGCCCACCGAGCGAGCCCGCACAAGAAAAAGAGAUCUUGGAUAGCCUGCGGCCGGGCUCCCCCGAGGCGCCCGCCAGCAGCUGCGCGCCACAGCGAUUCCUCAAGAUCAACGUCAGGCACAUCACUGAUGGACAGGGCGUGGUCUCCGGGGUGCUUUUGGUGACGCCGAACGCGGUGAUGUUCGACCCGAACGUGUCGGACACGCUGGUGAUGGAGCACGGGCCGGAGUCGUACGGCGUCAUCGCGCCCAUGGAGUACGUCGUCAACGCCGCCAUUUUCUACGACAUCGCGCACAUGCGCACACACGGACCCGACCAUAACACGCACAAAGCCGAGCAGGCUGAGAUCUACUACAUGAAUAAGUCGGAACUCUCUCCCGGAAAGGACUCGCUUCUAGUCAAAGAUGAAACAUUCCCCGAGCUGCAGGCGGCUACGGGCGAGGGCGCGGAGGGCGAGUCGGCCGCCGAGCCGCGUCCUGACGAAGCUGAGGACCGCGGCGGCGCCGCCUUCCCCAAGGCCUUCGACCGCGAGCUCGUCACUCCCACUGCUUUGCAGCAGCAAUCUACCGAAGACAGACGAAAGUCGCUACUGGACCAACAUUGGGCUAUACCGAGUAAGGACAGAAUGUCCAUCGAUCAAGGAAGCGAGGUAUCAUCAAGCGCGGACGCUUGCAAGGACGAGAGCGUUGGCGGCGAGCCGGACGCCGCGGCCGCCGCCGACGGGUCGGAGGGCGGUGACGCGGCUGACGACGACGCACAGCAUCUCGUCAAGCUGUCCUACCAUGACUCCGGCAUCGAUAUCCGCGACCCACUGCUGCAUGUCACUCCUAAUAACUCCAAGAAAGGCUCCCUCGUAGAUUGCGAUGAGUAUUAUCAUGAGAUAGACACGAUAUACGAGUCUACCGAGCUGGAGAUACCCAAGUACAGUAGUAAUUGGCACCAGGAGGCGGCGCAUGCACUGCAAUGUUUCGUAGUUCUGCAUAGGAACGCAGAUGCGCGAUCCGAUUCUGUGUACUCGUCGUGCGAUGAGGUAUACAGCGACGCAGACAUAGUGCUCUCAGCGGAGUGGGUGCCGCCCGUGUGCCUGGCGCGCGGCGAGCCGCCGCUGUCGGCGCCGCCGCACAGCGACGCCGAGCGCGCCCGCAAGCCCGCCGCCGUGUCCUUCUCCCGCGACGCCGCGCCCGCCGCCAAGGAUGAUGCUAAACCUGAUAAGAAGAAUAAGAUGCUGAAGCGUCUUUCAUACCCACUAUCUUGGGUGGAAGGCCUGACCGGCGAGGCUGCACAGGGCUCUCACAGCGAAUCCCUCCCAGCCUCUGCCGACAGCCACAACACCAGCGUCUUCUCCAAGGUCUUCAACAGCUCGCCAAUGAACCUAGUGGAGUUCGGUACCGGUUUGUUCCUGAGUAAGACCCCGUCUGAAGAGGCGCCCCAGGACGUGUUUUCUACUUCGGGACGCAGCUCCUUGGGCGGGUUCGGGCGCUCGCACACCAAGUCCACGUCCAGCAGCGGCAGCGCCCCGCCCCCGCGCCUCGACUACCGCAGCAUGGUGUCCGUCGAUGACAUGCCUGAUCUCUUCGCCUCUUUUGAUAAGCUAAUUCCCCGACCGGCGCGACCCAGCGACGACCCGCCGCUGUACCUGCGCCUACGCAUGGGCAAGCCGAUCGGCCGACCGCUACCACGCACCACGCCGCUCAUGUCUUACGGCCGCAAGCGCAUGAAGCCCGAGUAUUGGUUCGGAGUACCUAGGAACAGGGUGGACGACCUGUUUAAGUUCCUGACGCACUGGGUGCCGGACCGGUACGGGCCGCUGGGCGACGUGAGCGCGCACGGCUACGAGCUCAUCGACAGCGACACCGAGUGGGAUGACGACGAUGCUAAGCCUGGACAGAAGGACGAGCGGACCGGCAGCACGGGCGAUGUGUCCGACCUGACCCGCGAGUCCUGGGAGCUGCUGAAGGCGCCGUACGUGAAAAUAUAUUCGAUAAUGAAGAGCCAGGCCGAGGCGCUGGGCGACUCGCUCGGCGAGGAGCCGCGCCAGGAGGUGCUGUCGAUGAGCGAUGAGCUGCGCCGGGCUCUGUACUCGUCGGGCGCCUCCAUCGACAUGGAGUUCUCGCCGCCCGACCUCAUCGGCACCUCCGAGGUAUUCACCAUGGAGCACAGAGAGAAGCUGUGCUCGGUGCUGCCGGCGCGCGCGCAGGGCUACAUGUGGUCGCUGGCGUUCAGCACGAGCCAGCACGGCUUUUCGCUGGCCUCCAUGUACCGCAAGAUGCAGCGCGUCGACAGCCCCGUGCUGCUCGUCAUACAGGACACUGACAACAAUGUAUUCGGCGCUCUGACAUCGUGCGCGCUGCACCCGUCGGAGCACUUCUACGGCACGGGCGAGUCGCUGCUGUUCUCGUUCCAGUGCAGCGGCGAGGAGGCGCGCCGCCAGUCGCAGGCCAACAUCGACGCGCCCAAGGAUCACGACAAGGACGACAACAAGGAACAAAAAGAUGAACCACCAGCACCGGUGAAAACCAAAUUCAAGUACUGGGGCUGGACCGGAGACAACAUGUAUUUCAUUCGCGGCAGCAACGAUAACAUAUCCAUCGGCGCCGGAGACGGCAAGUUCGGGCUGUGGCUGGACGGCGACCUGUACCUGGGCCGCACGCAGCGCUGCAAGACGUACGGCAACGAGCCGCUGACCACGCGCGAGGACUUCAUCGUCAAGAUCAUGGAGUGCUGGACCUUCAUCUGAGCGCCGCCGCCGCCCGCCGGACUCGCCGCACGCGCCGCACACAGCGCUCCACUACUCUACUUUCAAAUCAAAAAUAAGCUUUAGAUUAUCUUAUGAAAUUUGCUACGAAGAUUUGACACUUUUACAAGUCAGUCUUUUCGACUUUAGUACCGAUGAGUCUGAAAACGAUUUUGUACUCGCAUUGUGACUCGAAACGUAGCGGCGCGGAUCAACAUCGAUCGGCCGACAUGAAGACAAUAUUAUAAACGUCUACGCGCAUUUCUAGUCAAAUGUACUGAAACCUGACCAAUGUUUUCAUCCUCUCCGAAUUUAGAGGCGUGUUCGGAUACGAGUGCCGCCGCUCGCUCUGCUGAGCAAGUGCAUUAAUCCUAGUCAAUUGUCAUUUGUAUGUAAGUUGAGAGUUACGGAGACGGACCGAGCCGCGCAUACAGACGACAUUCCUGGUGUUGCGGCACCUCGGCGCUGCGGUCGGCCGCCUGGCGCCACCGCUCGUAAGCCCGAACAGUCCGAUAAUUAUUAUGUGUCAAUUCAUACAAUUAAUAUUGUGCAUUGUUGUUAAGGAAAUUAAAGCAUAUUUGUAACUAUAAAAUCUGUAUGUUAUGUAGAAGUUUAUAUAUUAACAAAUCAAUCAUUACCUAUGUGUUUAGAGGCCGACUUAUUGGCGUGUCCAGUACCGAGCAAUGUAACACGCAUUAAUUUUAUGAAAGUGAUUCCGGUUCCUUGAUGACAUACGCUUGGAGACAGCUCGCUCUCAGUUGGCAGCGGCGCAAGCUGCACCGAUUCUUGCCAGUGACGGAGCUUCGAGCCGCUCGUGUGAAGCCCGCGCAAGGGUCCCCGACACUGUCACUAUAAAUAUUCUAUUUAUUUAUAAUUUGUGUAGUAGAUUUUGUAUGUUAUGUUGUCGUGUGUCUGAUUGUAUUGAGUCAUAAUAUUAAGUUAGUGAGCAUAAUUAUGUUACACUUGUACUGUGAUUUGAUUAUUAUGGUUGCAUUUUUUCACUUAUUGGAGCGUUGUCACUUAUCACUGAUUUAAUAAUAUUAACAUCAUAAUAAUAUGCUGAUCGGCAGUUUAGUGAAUAUCUAACAUAUCUUCAUUCAUGUCACACAUUUAUAAGAGUGUCUAAGAUAGUCCACGGAGUACGAACACGCAAUCAACAUAGUUUACAAUAAACCAUAGAUUAUGUUCGUGAUGUGACGCUUCAGUACAGAGAUGAGUAGCCAAUAUAUGAAUAUUAUUAAUUAAAUAGUAAAAAAAAUCUUAAAUAGUUAUCUUAGAAUGCUUGAUGAAUGUAAUCGUCAUUGUGCUUAGUAAUCGUUAGCAUGAUGUUACUCAGAUCUAUCUGGUCGUAUAACAUUAUUUAUUUGUCCUAUGUAAGCACGCGCGCUAGAGCCGCUGCGCUGCGCAGGCGCAUCGCUGCGCUAACUAUACUAUACCGCUAUGGCCAGUAUAAUGGCAUCGUCUUUUUUGUUUCAUAUGUACUGUAUAUACGACAUAUUCCUAUGUGAGAUUAGAAGAGAUAUAUAUUUUUGUGAAAGGCCACGCGAAAUAACUUUUGUGUAUAUCUAUGGUAGAAAGUACAAGUACCAAAAAGUAUCCCAGCUGUUAAAUGAAAUAUAGAAUAUAGCGCGUGCGUCUAUUCAUGCAGAAUAUUUUGACGUUGUUAUUGUUUGUGUACAUCAGGAAUGUAAUAGAUGAACUUAGGUUUUAAAAUUAUAUCGGCAUAAUUAUUGUUAUAAAUUUAUAAUCAUUAGACUUGUUGAGUAGCAGUGAGAAUUAAAAUAUUUAUUUAUUCUGUUAUGGUUUCCAAUCUUACGGUUGCUGUAGCUACAUUACUUUAUCGGUGAUGAUUUAUUAUGUAAUUCUAAGUUGUUAAAAUGUAAAUCAAGCCAUAAUAAUUGAGAAUAUAUUCUUUUGAGAAA